CCACCCCACUCGAAACGCAGCCCAGCAGAGUGAAGAUCCUGGAUCAAGCUUUUGUCUGGUCUCUGCUCUGCUUGUGGGGGUAGUUGUGAGAUACCAGCAUCCCUCCAUCGCCUGAUUUCUAUCACUUCCGACCAACUGCGCACACCAGCCGGCUGUUUCAGGCAAUCUGGUGCUGCUGACUUGCUCAACAAGCGUUGAAAGCUAGAUUAGGCGAGAAACAGACCUGUGUUGCGAGGGAUUUUCGGAUGAAGACGCUACUACUGAGGAAAACCGCUCCAGGAGGUUUUCUUUGAUUCAGAAAGUACUGAUGCACUCGCGGGGGCGGCACCGACGACCAGGCUAGUUGCGUGUUAUAAUCAAGCGAUCAGGAUUUAAGGCGGAAACGCAGGAUGAACGCAGGCAACGGCGUGUUCUUUAGGAGCCAUGCGUGGGAGGAGCCGGGCGUGGAGAAGGGGGUUGUCGAGGAGGAGGCAGUGGAGGAGGAGCAGGAAAGCAGAAGCAGCGACGGGGACCUGGAUAGUGAUUUCGACGAGGAGACCGAAGAAGGGGAAGCGGAGGAAGAGGGAGAAGAGGAGGAUGGGAUUGGUGACAUUAACGACCGUGAUACUAACGAUCACUGUACGAACGGUCACGGUCCCAACGGUUAUGGUACGAACGAUCACGGUACCGACGGGUGUGGUGCGGACGAUAACGGAACCGGCCCCGCCUUGAACGGUCAUUCUACUGGGAACAUGAGCCCUGCCGGUAUUAGCAGGAAGAGGGGGAGGAGCCCGAGUGUGCCGGACUUGGCGGGGGGAAGGGAUGUGUUUAGCUUGAGAGGCCAUGGUUUUGAGUCGAAUGAUUUGGAGGAUGGUGGGGAGGGUGAGAAUGGGAGGGCAAAGGAAGUGAAGGAGGAGGAGGACGACGAAAACGGAAUUAGUGAGGAUUUGGAGGACGAUGACGGAAAUCGUUUGGCGGAUGACGCAAACGGAAUUGGUUUCGAGAAUAACGGCCCCGCUUUUACAGACGGCCGAGAUGACGGCGAUUUCGUUUUAGACGGUUCCGUCAGGGGGACUGCUGGGGAGGAGGAGGAGGAUGACGUUUUUGAAACGACACCCAAUCAUGUGUCCUCGGUAUACGCGCACUCGUUAUAUGCGUCCCCGUUAUCCGCGAAUUCAGUGGCCCAAGCUCCCGUGAACGCGAGCGCAUCAGCCGCUGCAGCUGACGGGUUAGGGUUUGGUCUCUCUGCAAAUCGGCCGUUUGGUCUAAGAAGGUUCUUAGAAGUAGCAGGUGCAGGUGAGGGGGACCGGGGUGCGACUGGUGCGAGUAGCAGAGUUGACGCUGACGUGGCUGAAGGUGAAGGUAACGUGGCCGAAUGUGGAGCUGACGUGGAGCGAGCUGGGGAAGCCGCUGUGCAGGCUGCAGAGGCUGACGUGGCAGCAGCAGAGAGCACGACCGAGGGGGUCCUCCCCGACGAGGUGAUCCUCGAGAUCAUCGCGCGGGUGUCAGACGCGCGCGCGCGCAACUGCUGCGCCCUCGUCUCCCGCCGAUGGCGCAACAGCGAGCGCCUCACGCGCACCUCCCUAUCCCUCCGCCGCUCCCUCGCGGACCUCCUAAAGCUCCCCCUCUGCUUCCCCAACGUGCGCCGCCUCGACCUCUCCCUCUGCCCCCCCUGCGGGCAGCCGCUGCUGCUCGUGGGGACCGCGCUGGAGGUAGCUACAGUGCUCCGCACGGCCUUUCCGCGGGUGACCUCCCUCCGCGUGCACGUGCGCGACCGGAACGACGUCCAGUGCGUGGCUGCCACGUGGCCAUGGCUGGAGGACGUGGCUCUGAUCCGCUGGCACGAGUUUUCAGCAGCGGAAGCAGCAGCAGCAGCAGCAGCAGGUGGGGGAGCAGUAGGAGGAGCAGCUGCAGCAGCAGGGCAUAACCACCACCACCACCACAACAACGACAACCAUAAUCGUACCAAUGGCACCGCUUUGAACGCCAAUCCGCUGGGGACCCUGGAGCUAACGCCUCUGCUGGUGAUGUGUGGGAAGCUGCGGAGCCUAGACCUAUCGGAGUUCACCUGCUUUCCCGACCAUGUCUCUGACGCCUUCACUGCCGCCCCCCAAGCCGCCGCUGCCAUUGCCACUGCUGCCGCCGCCGCCGCCACCGCCGCCGCCACCGCCGCUGCUGCUGCUGCUGCUGCUGCGUCAGCCAAUGGAGCAGGAGGAGGAGCAGCAGCAGCAGCAGCACCCCCCGGCAAGCCGCCCCGCGCCCCUCUCCCCCGCCCCCACGCGCCCUUCUCCGCCCUGCGCCACCUCAACCUCCUCAAGUCGUCCCCCGGCGCCUUCAAAUCCUCCGACAUCCGCGCCAUCCUCGCUGCGGCCGGCCGCGCACUUCUCUCCUUCCGGUGCCUCACGGAAUUCGACCCCCGCCUCGCCGACUCCCUCACCGACGAAACCCUAAUCGAGAUUGCCGAGCGCUGCCCAGCGCUCACUGCGCUGCAGCUAGUGGAUUCCUCCCUGUGGGCGGCGCCCUCGGGGCUAGCGCUCCCGCUAGUGGAUCAAGACACCCUGCCGCCGGAUAUGGAUGCAAGGGUUACGCCGGGGGGCGUUCGGUCGUUUCUCGCGCGGUUACCGGGGCUAGAGGAGCUGGACCUGAGGCCCGCGCAGUACUUGAGGGGAGCUGAUGCGAGCCUGUUUGGCAGUGCUGCUGGUGGUGGCGGUGUUGCUGGUGGUGGUGGUGGUUUAGGGAGGGGUGGGGUGACUGCAGCGGUGAGUCUGGGGCAGUUGACUCCCAACCUGAAGCGGUUGCGGCUGGGUCAGCUUGUUUUCGCCCACAAUGAUUCCCUGGGAGCGGUCACUGCGUCUGGGGAAGGUACAUCUGGAGAGGGUUUAUCUGGAAAGGCACCGCUUGCCGCUUCCCUACCUUCCUCCACCUCCUCCCCUCCCUCGUCCUCCCUCCCCUCCUCAUCCACUUUACAACCAUCAUCUGCUGCCUCCCCUCCCCCCACCUCCACCAUUCUCCCCAGCGGUCUCGAGGCUCUAGACUUCUGGCAGGCCCCCUCGCUCCCCCUGCGCUGCCUGCUCCCGCUCGCCCUCUCCUGCCCGCGCCUCAAAGAGCUCAGCAUCUGGGGCUGCCCGGACCUGACGCCGCCGAGCCUGGAGGCCAUGGCUCGGGUGUGCCGGCAUUCGCUGGUUCGGGUGACUGUAGUGAAGUGCUGCAACCUGCCCACCGCAGCGGUGCUGAAGGCUCUUUCCCCUGUUAAAAGCACGCUGCAGCACCUUCACUGCUCCUGCGACUGGCUCUGCCCCAAUCGCGGCGUGGCCCCUGUUUCUCCGAUUCACACUGGAGCUAAUGGUACUGGUGAUGGUGGUGCGGGUGGUGGUAAUGGUGAGAGUGCAGGGGAGGGUAUGGCUGGAGCAGGGGCAGGGAUGGUGAAGCAGCCAGGUGGGAGAAGGCUGGAAGGCAUGGCAGGGACAGACAGUACAGAGGAGCUGCUGUGUGACCCUGAAGCAGAGCAUGCGUCGACUGCAGGAGAAUCCUCCUCCGAGUGGCCCGCCCUGCAGUCUCUCACUCUCCUCGCCCCCCUCGGAGCCCUCCUUUCUCCUCUCCCCUCUGCCGGCCUCCUCCACUGCCCCGCCCUCUCUCACAUCCACAUUCGAGCGUACGGCGACUGCCGGCUGGCUGCAGGUCCUGAGGCGGUGGGGUUCGGCCUAUCCUGCCUCCGCAGCUAUCCCGCGGUUCGCUCUCUGCGCCUUGAUUUGACGCAAGUCGUGGGGCAUUCUCUUAGCUGCCCGCCUGGGCUUGCUUUUGAUGUGAUGGCAUGGGAAAGGUUUUACCUGCAUGGGAUUCAGCUGCUGCCAGGGCUGGAGUCGCUGCACUAUUGGCCACCGUCCGACUGCGAUCUCAACCGUCGAUCCAUGUCGAUGCCAUCGGCGGGGAUUCUCGGGUCAUGCCAGUCGCUGCGCCAGCUGGCGGUGCACUGCACGACGGCCAAUGAGCAUCUGCUGAAUGUGGUGGUGCGCGCAGCCAGGGGAAUGCGGGAUUUGCAUGUGCUGGGAGAUUGCUAUCCGGCCCCUCCUGAUGACACGUACGCGGGCAUGCUAGGGCCCGCUUCAUUUCGCAGGCUGAUAGAUGUGUUGGAUGCUCGAGGUUAUCCUGAUUAAUAUUUUGUGAUAGCCACUGGAGCUUUUGAUAUCAACAUACCAAUAGGAAAGCUGACAUUGGAUAACGUCCUUAUGCCCUCGUGGUACUAGCAUAGUACCACAUUUUCUGGUUUUAGGUAAUACAUCGUCUGUUUUGUUUGUUACAUCGGUUUUGUUUUUGGUGAUUGCUGUGAGGUUUGAUACUGU